AUGCCUGCCUCCCCUCAGGUCGCUGUGCAUUCGCCCUGCCGAGUCCUCCUCACCUCUGCGACCUCUCCUGCGGGCUACACGACUACCAUGUUCGUCCGCAGCAGAUGGUCCGCUCUCUUCGCCGCCCUCGUUAUCACCACCACUCCCGCAUCCGCCGACUUCCAUAUCCUCAACGGAACGAACGGCGGAGACGGGUACGCCGCGAAGGCCGUCCCCUCGAACCACUACUCGUGCCUAGGGUGGUUGGGCGCCCCAGUCAUCGGCGGCUUCCCCGACAUCGACUCAUCCGUGGCCGUCUUCUCCGUCAAGAACCUCUGUGGCACGCCGCAGCUCAACUUCUACAACAACGGGCACGGGUUCGAUGUGUAUAUCAACGACGGGGAUGGGUCGUCAAGAGUCGGAACGUGCAGUCCAACGGUGGGCGCUGCCAGUGGCUCCAUCAACGGUGGCUCGGCCUGCCCGGAUGGUUAUGCGGUGUUCGACGGUUAUACAUGCAUGUCAGUCCUUGACGGUUAA